UCCUGCAUGCUCAGAGCCUAUGACCUCAGUAUGAAUGCCACAUUCGUGCUGCCUUAUGCAGGCCUUGCCUCAAAAAAGGGCCAAACAACUCUGGCACGUUUUUCUACAUCUCAAAGUAGGGCCCGGGAAUGGGGGAAUCUGAAGGUGUUCCUUUAGAUCCUUUUGACACCUGCUCCCCCGCCCCCCCACAACACUAUAAGCAAACUCCAAACGCUGGAGCAGCAACCGCGGCGGCCAACCACAACCGAUCCCGAGGCCGAGGCGGCGUGCUCCCUCGCUGGGCCUUAAAAAAUCAAAGCGACGUCCCCGAGGCCGGAAGGAUGCGACCCACCAGGUCCCGAGGCUGCACCUUAAGCCCUCCGUGGACCACGCACUCUGCCGCCCCCGGCUUCCAGGGAGCCCUCGGCGCCGAAAGGGGUCGCCCCGGGCAACCGGCCGGCGCCCUGCUCCGAGAGGACGGUGGAGCCGGGCGCGCCGACCCCUACACGCCGGCCUCCGUCCGCGCGGGGCUGCGCCGCCGCCGCCGCCGGAGGGGAAGGCGCGGGCCUCGAGGCCGCCGCUACCUGCACGGAGCCUGCGCCCUGCAGGGCUGGAGGACGGGGCGAAGCUGCAGCCGGGAGGGAGGUCCGGAGCCCUGGGCCGCGCUGUCCCAGCCCACCCACGGACCCUUCCUCGACGAAGAAGGAAGACAAGAGAGCCUGGCUUUUAGAUUUGCUGUUUAUUCUUGCAACAUCCCCUCCCCACUCCCCAAAUCCCAAAUGAAACAGCUCGAUCUAGCCUCAUGUUUAUUGGCCAUGUGGAAUUCCCAGGCAGAGAGAAAACAUUUUUCUACGACAGAGUAA